CCAAUUUUGCUUCCAUUGCAGGUCCCUUGUACCAACUAUUAAAAAAAGGUGUCUGAUGGAAAUGGACUGAGCAACACACGGAAGCAGUGUCCCAACUGAAACAGGCCAUUGUCAAGGCUCUGGUGUUAAUCACUCCAAAUCCUGAGGUACCCUAUCGUCUGGAGGUAGUGGGUCGAAGUCUCUCACUGAGGAACGUCAAGAGCUGGGAAAGCCGCCCACGAUGGAUUGCCUCCUUCUGGCUCUGCUUUUCCUGUUGCAAGGGGUCGAAGGAAGCAGCCGCCACGCAGAAAACUUUCGAUUUUGUGGCGAAAGAAACCAAACGAAGAAAAGCCAUAUCACUUAUCAGAUGCGGCCAGAGAACAUCACCAUCGAGAACAGUGCUGACACGCUGAAGAUAAGUGCGCCAUUCCCACCAAGCCUUGUAAACUUCUCUUUACCCGACAAGUUGGGGAACUACCACUUCUGCCUCUACUGGUACCAAAGGGAUGGGAUUUUCAACCUCACGUACGGCAGAAACAACUACACGCUGAGUACCGAGGCAGAGCCUUCCUUCAACUUUUCAAACCCAAGCGCACCGCAGAAUAGAAGUGGGGUUCCUGUGCUUUCCAACGUGUUCUACGCCUACAGCAAAGGCCUGCGGAACACCUCCCUCAGCAGCGCCGCUGUUUACUCCUUCUCCAUCCGUGACAUCAGGGUGCAUGCGAUUGAAAAAGAAUUAAGGACUUUAGCAAACUACAUGAAGAAACCCACUGGAAGCAUGACCAUUGCACCAUAUGGGAGACUUCUGCGUUUGGAAUUGGACCUGAGACAGGUGGUGUUUGAAGGGGAGAGCGAGACUUUUGGGACGAGUACAGUGCGGGCGACUGUUUUGAAGAUAGGGCCCAGCAAAGCCUCUCAGGAUCUGCACUUCAUGUCUGAACUGGAGGUGGGCAGAGAGGUCCAUGGCUUUGAGGUGAAUCUGCCCAAGAUCCUCUUUGCACAGGUGAGGGGCAGGCGGAGGAACGCUGAGGAGCGAGUGGUCCUGAUGGAUCUCAACAACAAGGCCCUUUUCCAGGACCAGAACAGCAGCAGGGUGCUCGGUGAAAAGGUGAUUGGCAUCACCGUGGGGAACACCCCCGUAUCAGGCCUCCCACAGGACGUGGUCCUCAAAUUCUUUCAUGUCCAGCUGCAGAGGAACGUGACUCCACGGUGCGUGUUCUGGGACGUGGACUCCAGCCAUGGCCGCGGCAGCUGGAAAAGUGAUGGCUGUGAAACAGAGACGGGUAAUAACCAGACAGUCUGCCGUUGCAACCACCUCACCUAUUUUGCUGUGCUGAUGAUGUCCUCUCCAGAGAUAGAUUACAUCCACAAGGAGUACCUGACGAUUAUCACCUACAUUGGCUGCAUUAUCUCAGCUGUGGCUUCCCUCUUCACCAUCAUCUUCUUCUGCUGCUGCUCCAGGAGGAAGCACAGAGACGGCACCAUAAACAUCUACAUUCACAUGAACCUGCUGGGGGCCAUCUUCCUGCUGGACGUGAGCUUCCUCAUCACUGAGCACUUGGCCUUCAUCGACAGCGAGGCAGCCUGCAAGGCCAGCGGCAUGUUCCUGCACCUCUCUCUGCUGUGCUGCCUGACCUGGAUGGGCAUUGAGGGCUACAAUCUCUACAGGCUGGUGGUGAAGGUCUUCAACACCUACGUGGAACACUUCAUUCUCAAGCUCUGCCUGGUGGGCUGGGGGCUUCCCAUCUUUAUCGUGGGUGUGAUCUUCCGGGUGGAUCAGACAAAUUAUGGACCAUUCCACAUUGAAGUAUUUGAAUCCCUUGAGAAAUCCACCAAUGCAACCAUAUGCUGGAUCACAGCCCCCCUGAUCCAUAACAUAGUCAACCUGGGCUUCUUCAGCCUGGUGUUCCUCUUCAACACGGCCAUGCUGGGAGCCAUGGUGCGGGAGAUCCUCAGGCAGAGGAACAGAGGCCACGAGCUUAAGCACGCCCUGGUUCUCCUGGGCCUGAGCCUCGUGCUGGGCAUCCCCUGGGCCCUGGCGUUCUUCUCCUUUUCCUCGGGAUCGUUCCGGCUCGUCGUCAUCUACCUCUUCACCAUCAUCAACACUUUGCAAGGCUUCCUCAUCUUCCUCUGGUACUGGACAAUGGUGCUGCAGGUCAGAAAGUCGAAGUCCUACCCCUCACUGAACAACUCCGACAGCGCCAGGUUGCCGAUCAGCACCAGCCCUGAGGCCACUGUCAAGGACAAGAUGGAACCAAUGCCCAAUAUGGCAAUUCCUUGUAAAGUUAAAAUGUCUGAAGAUGAGAACGCUGACUGGCUACUGCUCUCCAGUACUGAGUAG